AUGACCCUCUUCAACCCGACCUCCAUCCUCGUGGGAUUCCUCCUGCUCUACCUCUCGUCCUUCUUCGUCUUCGCCAUCGUUCGCAUUGCAACCGGAAUCUCGAUUCAGCGCAUCGGAUACUUCUCCCUCCGCCGAAUCGCUUACUCCCCGAAGGAAGGUCUACAUAUCGAAAUCCGCGGUCUCGGUUUCUCGAUACAUCCGCCAUCCUUUGCGCAGCCGACAUGGAUCAGUGUUCGGUUGACGGACUUGAAGGUGACGCUAGACACGGCCGUCCUGUCCAAAGGGAAGCCCGAGCCAUCUCGAGAUUUGUUAGGAUCACCCGUGCCAGGCAGCCCUUCCCCCGAGGACAAAGCAGCCCCCGAUUGGUCCACUCCGCGGAGCAAAACAUGGAGGACAUUGACGCGCAUAAAGGAGCGCCUCAAGAGCCUCCAUAGACAGAUUAAUUGGCUUGCUCUGGUUGACCUCAACGCAGUCAACACCACCAUCGUCUUCCCCGAUGCCGGCCAGAUCCAGGUUGGAUCGCUCUCGUUAACCGUGGACACCCGGAGUAAAAUGGUGGAACGUGGCAAGCUCUUUCGUCGCAAGAAAGAUAUGUCCCGUGAACAGCGUCCGGCUGAAUGGAUUAUGAACGUACAAAAUGUCCUACUUGCCGUCGACGGUCGCGACCCAAUUGAGAUUCUGGAUCACGUUGGUGUGAACCUCCACGGAUUGCUCUACAAAGAUUUGGAAGGCCUCCGGGAUGCUUCGGUGGCGCUCAAAAUCGGACGUCUCCAUGUUCCAUACGAUGAUAUCCGCUUGCUGUUGCGACGAAUCAAAUCGUUCCAGAAGCCGACAGAAAAAGAACCUGCGAUCCCCGAGACGGACGACGAGAUGUCAUUUGCGGACUUCGUGGAGGAACUUGACAAGCCUGGCAGCCGAGAUGAUACGAUUGUCCAAACAGUGGCAGAUUCGAAGGAGUUCGCCAGCUCUCUCCUUCGCGGUAUACAAGAGAUCCAAGUCGCCUUGAGUUUCUUUCGCCUCUCCCGUGGUCUCGAAUCCCUUUCUGCUGGUCAGAAUCCCGUUUAUCUGAAUGUCGUAUCACAUGAGAUCGGUGUCGAUCUUCACCGAAUGGACCAGAAGAGCCCGGAGCAUCGCAUGUACUUCCAGCGGAACGACAUUGCGCACCAAGCACUGCUCGCUGCAAUUUCCCUUUCGGUCAGCUUGGGUGAUGACUCGGGCGAGACUGACAAUAUUCUCUACAUCCCCAUGGCUACGACAACAAUCAAAACCACACUACCCUCGAAAACUGUGAGCGCGUUUGAAGAUGAGAACCCGGAAGAGCGCAACUCCAAUGUUCUCUUUGCCAACCUAGUUAUCACGUCACCUUCUCUGGACAUGCAACCCCAGCAUGUCUCUCGAUUCUUGAAAUUGGCACAGGCGCGAGCGUCUUAUCCUAGGUCAAAGAAGCGGGACAACCACCAACUGAUUUCUCGUUUGCUACCAAAGGCAAGCAUCAAGCUAUCCGUCCAUGAACCUGUGGUUCGAUUUGUCUUGCCCAUCGAAAAAGAGUCUGGCAAACCCGACGAUUACAAUCUCCUGAUUUCGUCCAUCUCUUCCAUUUCGCUUGACAUCGAAUCUUCGCAUUCCAUCGAGGGAGGUGCACACUAUUCUCUGUCGUCUGUCUAUCGGGUGACAUCACACAAAUUCUACUACCAGACACCUGCUGGUAACAAGCAUAAUCUGCUGACCACUGAAAGCAUGGAGCUCAAGGCCCAUCUUAAUGCAAGUCCGGAACUGUGUGUCAUUGCCUCAGGAAGCUUGAACGAGUGCUCCAUACACAUGAUCAAUAGUGAAGUCAAUCGGGGGAUCCGCCAAGUCUUUGAACAAUUCCGGACACACCUGCAACCACAGAAACGGGCUGCAAUGCCCUUUGAACGCAAGACAAGCCCAUUGCGGCGAAUUCCACCGUGGCUACUUCAGUUUUCAUUCGAGGCCACAGGCUUUAGCUUGGAAGUCGCUGGUGUCGAUAAUACCGUGUCCGAAAUUUCCCGUGGUGUCUCCUUGCAACUGCAAUCUUGGACAGCCGAAUACAAAGCCCAGAAAACCGAGCACGCUGCUGGCAGCAUCGUCCGGCGACGUACCUCCAGUCAUUCCACGAUCGGCGACGAAUCUCCAUUUAGGUUCACCCCAACGUCACCUCCGAAAAACAUCAAGCGUGGCGCCACAGAUGGCCGACGUCUGGCACUCCAUGCACGUGGAUUUGAUGGAUUCGUUAUCGAAUCGGAUGAUUAUCUUGAGCCCGAGCCAUUCUUCUCGCUUCCUCGGUUUGAAAUCGCAUUGAGCACACAGAGCGAUCGGAUGGGACCGGUCCUUCAUGUCAACUCUGUUUUUAAAGGCAUAUAUCUUCAAUACUCGCUCUAUCGCUUCUAUUGUUUGGGCGUUGCGACUUCGGUGAUUCAAGAUGUCAUCACGCCUCUGCCUCGGAACACCCCGCAACCUACAGGAAAACAGAAAGGUGCCCCGAGCAUAUCGUUGCCGCCACCGCCGCCAUCAUCCCACUCCUCCCAGAAGGGUGAGCUAGUCACUUUCGAUGCCAAGGCGACAGUCGUUCAACUCAAGGCGUACCUUCCAAAUGACCCUCCAAUGAUGUUACAGAUCUAUGGGUUAGCUGGUGGCUCCCAACGUCUUUCCACGCCGCAUGUCAAGGCUAACCUUGUUCGUCUACACGCCGAGGCGCCCAAGCUCAAGGGAGUAUGGGCAAGAAUUGGAAGCAUGAACAACGUACGGCUCGAUUUCCGCAAGAUGAGAAUGAAGCAGUCCGGCCAGUUCACCGAAGAGAGAUCCAUUGACUUGGCCGCCGACUUCAUUCGGCUGGGUGUUCCUCACCAUAUGGUGAUGCACCGAAUCUUUGAUAAUCUGAUUAAUACUUCCAAGUCAUUCAAACAGCUGCAUCACCGCUUCAAGAACCGGUGCAGAGAUUUCGUGUCUGUUCGCGCACCUGAGGGGCCGAAGAAGGUGCCCAGAAUCUCCAUUCGCAGCAAGGCUCUCCUCUUCGAAAUGGAGGAUGAUGCCUUCGAAUGGAAGCUGGGUUGCAUCUACCGGACCGGCUUGGUUGAGCAGACCCAGCGCCUUGCUCGUGAAGAAGCCUUCUUGUUGAAGGCGCACAAGGUUAGGGAAACGGAUCAAAAGCGUGCUUCAUCAAGGCUGCGGGCCAAGUCAAGCAAUCGAACGCUGCGCAGUGAGCGAACCAGUCAAGACACUCGGAGGAGUAGGAGUGCGGAUUCGCGACCAAGACAAGAAGAACAGCAGCAGCAGCAGCAGCCGAAGCAGCAUGGCCGGGGUCGAAAGUUCCGCUAUGAUACCGAAGGUGCGACCUGUCUGUCUUCAGAAUACAAGAUCUCCACAGACGCGGCAUGGAACCGUCUGCAGCAGUAUAAUGCGCAGGUUUGGAAGGAGAAGAUUGAUGCUGCACUCAGGUUUCAGGGAACUUCUAUCAAGGAGGUGCGCAACUUGUUUUCUGGUGCUGAUGAGCCGCCGGACGACGCGAAAGAGACCGAGACCAUUCUUGCUAUUCCGAAUAGGCCGGGUUUGAUGUCAGUACUCAUUAGCGACGUGAACCUUAUUAUCGACAAGCCCUCGUUUCCCAUGGACGAACUUCCCACAUUCCUUAAUCGCAUCGGGAAGGGAAUGCCCAUGGAUAUGCAGUAUGGCUUGCUUAUUCCAAUGAGCUUCAAUCUUGAAAUGGGUGAAGCUCGUGUCAACCUGCGGGAUUAUCCUCUGGACCUGCUGCAUAUUCCAGCUCUGCGCCCUGGCCAGUCUCCAAGGCUUCCCAGCUGGUCAUUACGGACAAACUUUGUCAUCGCAGAAGAAUUCAGAGACCAUGAAUCUGCAAGAGAAGUGGACGUGGAACUUGUUCCUUCAACCGAAUUACCCGACAAGUCUCACACUGAUCCUUUCCAUAUCAAGGUCUGGCGAUCUGUGACGCCGGUGAAGACGUAUUCGGAUCCUACCUUUGAGAUCAACACAAGCUUGCCAACAAGUAUUUCAUGGGGCGUCUCGUAUCAGCCCGUGAUUCAGGACAUGAUGAAAAUCAUCGAAGGUUUCACCAAACCCGAAAUUGAUCCUUCCGAACGGGUUGGCUUCUGGGAUAAGAUUCGUCUGAGCUUCCACUCCCGGAUCAGGGUUCUCUGGAAGGAGGACGGUGACGUUCAUCUGCGUCUCAAAGGUUCUCGCGAUCCGUAUGUGGUGACAGGAUUCGGAAGCGGCUUUGUCAUGUGUUGGAGAAGAGAUGUCAAGUGGGAAAUUCACACCAGCGAUGAUCCAAUGGAGUUCAUGAGUGUGACGAGUGGCGAAUAUGUGCUCGCAAUCCCUGAUUACAGCGCAGAGGCUCGAUGGGCCAAUGAGUCGACAACAGAAGACUUGGACAAUAGCUCAGCAUCCAGCGAGCAAAAGAAUGCGGCCCACUUCAAGAAGGUUGUCAUGAAGCUUUCAGGUGACGUGAAGUGGGCAACUGGGUUGGUGUUUGAGCGUGACGUUGACGACGAUUCACGCACCUUCUCAUUCAGACCGCACUACGAUGUGGUUCUCAAGAACCCCAAGUUUGUCGACCCAGCCAAGCGCACCAAUUACGAUGCAUUCCGUGGAUUCCGCAGUGACCAUAUUCACCUGUCUGUUUCAGUCAUUGCGCCUCAAUGUAGAAAUUGGGCCGUUGAUGACAUCCAACCAUCUUCAAGCUACAAUACAGUCCAUCUUACUCCUCGCUUCUUUACCCACUUCUUCAACUGGUGGUCGCUCUUCUCUGGCAUCAUGUCUCUCCCUGUUCGCCAGGGUCCGCUGUUUCCGGGUAUCACUAAGACGAGCAAGAAAUUUAAUCGGCAUUUGGCAACUGUUAAAUACAAGCUUCUUCUUGCGCCCUUGUUUGUCGCCCAUAUCUACAAGCACAAGGACCGUGAAGACUACUCUGAGAACGCUGUGACAGCGACCGGUCUCAAGGUCCGCCUGGAUUCUUUGAAGCUCGACAUUCAUCAGCGACGUGAACUAGUCAGGACUCACAACCGUGGCCGUACCAAGCAGACCCAGACAACCGCGAUGCGCAUGAAUCAGGCUUUGAUUGAUUUGCAAUCGGCCGACUUCCGGGCUGUUUCCGCUACCAUUGAAGGUACCACAGCCGAGGAUAUUGAGAAUAAUAGAAAUGAUAUCAUCUCGACUUUCCAGAGCCCACUGCCAUCUGUUGAUCUCUCUCGAUUCACCAUUCCCGACCAAAAUUUGGACUGGAUCGACAUGGAUGAUUUCGUGGAACCCGACUGGAUUCUUCCCCAAGAGUCAAACCCGAAAACUCAAAUUCUCCCGCUUGCCUUCACUCCUCGGUUCACCUACUUUCGCCAAACAGACCAUGGUGAUAUCGGACCGGAACAGACUGGCUAUAGUACCUUUGGGGACGAGCCUACUCACGAAUGUGUCAUGUCCGAGACCCACGAUCCUCGCCGCGUACAGAUCGAAUUGACCAAGGAUCGCCUCGCAACUGUUGAAGGUCAAAUUCGCAACUUUGAACGUACUAUUGGUGAACAGCAACUUAGACUGAUGAAGGACGUGGAUCAUGACCCGGCUCUGAAAGAACAACAUGAGGUGUACCUUCGUCAAUCGGAAUCUCUCACGAGACGGCGGAAGUUCUUGAUCUCCACUCUUAACCGACUUGAGAGGCAUUUGGCACGCGAUGAACGAACGCCGCAUCCCAACAACCUUGGCGGCGACCGUCCGGCUCCUAGCAAUGCUUCCUCUCGAACGGGUUUAGAUGGGGAGGAUGGCCGAACUUCUGGAAUUGACGACCUUUAUUCCUCGGCCGCUGAUGAUUUCUCCAGCGAAUUCAACAAUCGUUUCAUGAUCCACAAUGUGCAAUUGAAGUGGAACAACUCCCUCCGAAACAUCAUUCUGCGGUACAGUCAUCAGGUUAGCCAGCGACGUGGUUUCGUUUACUACAUGUCUCGACGAGCAGUGAAAUUCAUUCUGGACAUCGUGGAAGAACAAAAUAAGAACAAGCGGAAGCAACCCAAGAUGUCCAAGACACAGACUCGCAGUGACAAUGAUGACGAGGAUGUGGAAGAUCGCAUUGAGCAGCUGCUCAAUGACGCCAAGCGCUAUGUGAAUGCCGAGGAGAACGAACCGUCGGACUCGAACACUCAAUCACCCGAAAACUCGGACGUUUCCAGUGAAAAUAUCGCCCCCGAGUUCACGCCGCAGAACAGCUACUACUUGCGACUCAUUGCUCCUCAGAUCCAACUUAUGAGCGAGAAGAACCGCAGAUCCGUGUUACUGGUGGCUGCCAAAGGCAUGGAACUUAAGGUUGUCUCCAUCAUGGACAAAGAGCGUGUCUCGGACGAUGUUAGCGGCUUGGUGCAGCGCCGGUUCUCUCUCGAAAUGGACGGUGCUCAGUUCUUUGUUGCCACGCAGAAAAACCUCAUGGCCAAUCUGCAAUUGUACGCAGGCAACAAGUACGGCAAUGCGCCUGGAUCCGCUUGGCCUCCUUGGUUGACCCUUGAAGCGAUGUUUGACUUUGAGCUGAAUCCGUUCGGAUUCUCUCGCAUCGUGCAAAAGACCUCCGCCAGCCUUCGCUACGACAAGUAUAACAACCUUCGCUUGAAGUACAAUGAGGAGGUUGCUAAGGGUCACCAGGGACCACACCCUGGAGGCGACGAAACCCGCAUGGAUCAGAUUAGUGUUGAUUUCCCUCACUUCCGCGCGAUUUGUGACUCGGCAGAGUACUAUUCCCUGUACAUUAUUGUCUUGGAUCUUAUGCUCUAUAGCGAACCACUCGAAAAGGUCCGCAAUGAGCGCCUGGAAAAGAUCAUGCUCACCUCCGACUUUAGCGACCUACGUGGUGCCCCAGAAGCUGUGUUUAAGCUACAAGCGCGCAUCCGUCAACUCGAAGAGAUCAAAGAAUACUUCCAGAUCAAUGCCAAGUACCUGGAUAAGCAGGGCUGGGACGACCGAUUGGCUCUCGAGCGCGAUCUGUCUCAGUGCGAGGACGAGUUGUUCUUCAUGAUGAAGGCGAUUACCACCUCCCAACGCCGCGCUGACCCUAGUGCUUCUACGAAUGGCGUCUUGCGCUGGAGCAUCUCUGCGAGCGAGGUUGUCUGGCAUCUAAUGAUAGAAGCGUCGGCGCCACUGGUUGAGUUUCAACUUAAGAAUGCUCAGUUUGAACGCACAGACAAUACUGACGGUUCCAACCACAACCUGGUGGCCAUUGAACGUAUUAAUGGCUUGAAUCUUCUUCCCGAGGCUAUCUAUCCCCAGAUCAUCUCGCCGUAUGAAGACCAGCCGCGGCCCUUGGAUGACUUCAUGUUGCGAGUAAAGUGGCACAUGCUUGAAGCUGUUGCUGGCAUCCCUGUCGUUGACAACUUUGAAGUGUCGCUGUUCCCACUCAAAAUCCAGCUGGAACGUGAACUGGGCCAAAGGCUCUUCGAAUACAUCUUCCCAAACAUGGGCUCUGGCGCAUUUGAAAGUGGCGGUUUCUCGCCCUUCAUGAUCAAGAACAUGAAGCCGCUUGAGGCUUCAGACGCAGAGGACGGUGAUGAUGAUGACUCGAACAAUCCGUCGCGGGCUCGGUCCAUGACUACUACCGACGAUGACAGUGUGCUGAUGGAUGACAUGCAAGCUUCCCAGGGCCCUGGUUCCAUUGAGUUGAGAUUGCAGCCGACUUUAUCGCUCUCUGAAGAGGGCAGGACCAGUCGACGCUCGAGUCAAGUCAAGGGACUUGCAAUGACGCCCAUUCAAAGAAGCCACACCUCUCGGCUGGGAGUCUCGGACAGCGCUCGACAACAGCCCCGUCCAGCAACUACCGGUGGCCUGUCAAAGAAGAAAUCCGCCGACAGUAUCCGCAUGCUGGCAAAACAGCCUACGGAGAGAUCCUUGUCAGCUCACAGCACGAGCGCCGGCGAAGAGAAGAAAAAGUUUGCUCUGAGCAAGGGCUCCAGGCGUGGUAAAUCCAAGGAGCCUACAGACGACCUGUCGCAGAUGAUGUCCCGAGCCUCGAACUACAUGACCCUGGCACGAGUCAAGGUUCAUGACGUGGUCCUCUGUAUGAGCUACAAAGGCAAAGGUGAACACAAUCUGGAAGACCUGCACGACUUCGUCUUCCGCCUGCCAGUCCUCGAAUAUAGCAACAAGACAUGGUCGAAUCUAGACCUUGCCCUGCGUCUCAAAAAGGAUGUGAUCAAGGCGCUCAUCUCGCACGCGCCUGCUAUUCUCGGAAACAAGUUCUCGCACCAUCGCCCUACCAAGCAACAACAGAGAAAGUUCCGCGAGCUUGCGUCGUCGUCGCAACUCCUUCCCAACUCCAGCAAUCUUCAGAAUCCCAAACAGAGCAAAGCCUUGAGUCUGACGAGCUACGACUCGAAUAGCGAAUACUCGCCGGCACCGUCGCGAAAGUCCCUGCAGUCGAAUGCUUCGCCGUUGGCGAGGUCAACGUCUCUGAACUCGGAUUCUCGUGACCCGGAAGAUCCAGAUCCUCGGGGUGAUUCUCGGUCUGCCGGUGAAGUGGAUGUAGAUUCUCGCUGGGAGGAGUCACGCCGCUUUGUCAAUACCAAUGCUCCCAUCCGACCCAUGACUUCCGGCCAGACAAUGACUACGGUCCAAGCCAACGGGACUGAGCAAGACGACAGCAAUAAAAGGACAAUCCGCAGCUUCGGCCGCAGACUGAUAUCUCGGAAGUGA